AUGAGUAAUGUUGAAAAGGAAGAAGGUGAAAUCGAAUCUGAAAGGUAAUUUGGUUUUAUCUUGAUUUAUUUUACAAUUCUGUUAAUUUUAGCGAAGACAGCGACCAUUUCUCUAUUGAAGUAAGUUAAUAUUGGAAAAAUAUACCUUUUAUUGUCAGGAGCAGCGUAUUGAUCAGUUUUGCGAAGAAGUUUAUCGUGUUCGAGACGAAAUUAUGAGGUCGAAGAGUAAAAAUAAGAAAAGUAAGUUGAUUUUCAGCUAAUAUUAUGAGUUUGGUAUUUAGAUCACAAGAAGUCUAAGAGCGAUAAACGAUCUCAUGAAGGUUCUUCCAAAAGUUCUCUAACUGCUAAAGACAACUAUGAGGUCGUGAAUAUGGACAUUGAAAGUCCUCCGAUGUUGGAUGCCGAUGAUGAAGAAGAGCGGGCUCUCAGGGAAAUGCUUCUGCAACAAGUGAGUUUUUAAGUUUAUUGAUUUGAUAGUGUAAUUCUAAAAAUUUUAAGUUUAGGCACAGUUCUUAUUUCUGUGUAUUUUUUAGGUAAUGAAAAAGAGAGGAAAAGUGGAUAGACAUGAAGCUAAAACCUCAAAACUGGCCUCUUCUAAGUCGUCAAAAGAAUCUCCGGUCAAAUCAAACAGUGAUACUGGACAACGUUUUCCGCCACCGCUUUCACCACCUCAGAUGCUGCUACCUCCACCACCAAUACCUCCGCCAUCGUUACCUCCUCCAGCGUCUGAACUAAUUAUGAUUGAUCAAGUAUCUGACAAUUCUGAUUACGAACCUUACAGUCCGAAACCUUGCAAAGCUCCUAUAAUCUCAGAACAGGAAGACCAAGAAGUUGUGUUAAAUUUCGUGCAACCGGUACAACAUAAUGUGGACUUUGCUGAAGAAGAGUCUCCACGAAGUCCAGAACAGCUUUCUGAAGAGGAUUUUUUGUCUUCUGAAUUGGAUGAAACCGAAGACGAAGUGUUUGAUGACGAAUUGACAGAUUUUGAGAUAGACUUAGACGAGGAAAAGGAAAUGAUCACAACGAACAAGAAAGAGUUGCUGAAGGCUCAGAAACGGUACAAGCUUAGUUUACAGGAUUACAGUACGGCCAAGAGGAACAUUGAGAAGUUAAAGGUAAGAUUCAGCUUUUAGCCAGCCUUAUCCACUAUUGAAUGUUAAUAUGCAAGAUAUUGAUUAUGUUUUGCAGGAAGAACUGGCUAAUCAAGAACGUAAACUUUUUGUGUAUGCUGAGCGAUGUAUGGAGAUGGCAGAGAAGAUCAACGUGUUGGGAGAGAAGUGUCACAUUUCAACUACAGACUACUUAAGUAAAGUUCACUUAGAAAGAGCCAAAUGGAAGAUGAAGGUCAACAAGGUGGCUCAAGAUACCAAAACAAAAGUUAAGAAGCGGGUUAAAAGGAUAUUCAAGGGACGGGUUAUUAAGCCGAAAGUUAUUCCGUUGGUUAACGUCACGCCAAAGACUGUAGCUAGAGGUAAGCAGUUUUCUAACAAUACGUUUAGGUAUAAAUUAAUUUUAAGGUUGUUUCUUUUUGUCGUUCUUGACUUUCCUUAUGAUGAAUUUGUAAUCUUGGGUAUAUUUAUGUGUUAUGAUUGAAAAUUAAAACAUAUUGUUUAGCAAGUCGGAUAAAAGAGCUACGGAAAAGGGCGGUGUCGGUCAGAGAAGAAAAACGAAAAGUACUGAAGGAAACUCGGACAGUACAGAAAACGCUACGAACAGAGAAUGGUAAUUAUUCCCAAACUUUAAUAUUACGUCUAUUACUUGUUCUUUAUGAUGGUAUUUUUGCAGAAACAGUGGCGUCUACUUUGCAACAAGAUGUCAUUACGUCUUCUACCGAGUUAUCCUUGGAUAUUACCGAAAUAAUGCCAGGGACAAGCGACGCAAAGUCGAUUGAAUCCCAGCUUUUGGAAAGGCUGAUUAAGAAGACUAGACAACGGAGUAUUACCAAAACUCUGCGUACUAACAAAGAUAAUAACCUUAACAACAUGCUUGUCCAUACCCAAUCUCCGUCCUCAACCUUACAUCAAGCAGGUGAAGAAGUAGUCGAAGAUCCCUCUCCUUCUGUUAAUGUUGAUGGAAUUGACAAAGCGUUAAGGAACCCGUUGAUUAGAAUGAGAUCUUACCGUUUGUAUCCGUUCUUUCCUUUCCAACAUAUCACUCAUCCAUCUAUCUCAAGUUAUGUCAGGCCAGAUGUACCUCUAUGUCCUUUUGAGCUGAAUGGUUUGUGCAAAGAUGAUCAAUGUCAAUGGUACGUUUUAUAUUUAAGUUUUGAAAAAAUAUAUAAUUUUGUAUGUGAAAUGUUAUUCUAUUACUUUUUUUUAUUAAAUUUGUUGCUUUUUAAUAAAAAUUAAAAAUAUUUUUUGUUUUAACUUACAUACUUAUCGUUGAUUUUCAGGCAACACGAUCAGGACAUGCGGAUCAGUGAACAUGAUAUAAUCAAGGAGAUGAUCUCUUUUUACCCUCAGAUCUGCCCUUCGAACACUUCUAUUGGUACUAACCGCGACAAGUUUAUAUAUUAG